AUGAGCGAAGAAAUUGAAAUUGUGGGGAUGAGAUUUCGUCCCACAGAAGAAGAAAUCAUCUUGUAUUAUCUUGAAAGGAAGAUGGGUGGCCUUGAUUUCCCUGUCCACUGUAUUAACGAAGUUGAUGUUCUCAAAUACGAACCAUGGGACUUGCCUGACCUUUCCGCUCGCCCUGAUAAUGAAAUGUGGUACUUUUUCAAUGCACCUACUUACAAGUAUGCUAAGAGUAAACGAACCAAUAGAGCAACCAGGGCCGGAUACUGGAAAGUCACUGGUAAGGAUCGUCCCAUAUGGGACGAUCGGGGGACGAAGAUUAUGGGUGUCUGCUUUCCUAGUGAAUUAUAUGUUUGA